ACCAACAUAUGGCCAGUAGAGGGCGACUACUCAUUCAUUGCAGAUACUGUUCAUUAGAAGAACAAGCACUUCCGCUUCUCUGUCCGGUCAGACUCUUCGGCGAAGCGAGAUUAUCAAGAUGGCAAGCCGCCGUUUUGCCGUGAAGGCCCUGGACUGGGUGGCAUUUGCCGAGCGUGUUCCACCCAACCAGAAGACCAUGUUCAAUGCUCUAAAGACUCGCAGCGAUGCCAUUUCCGCUAAACUGACCUCCCUACCAGAGUCUCCACCUGCCAUUGAUUGGAGCUACUACAGGAGCGCUGUGGCAAAAGCUGGGCUGGUUGAUGAGUUUGAAAAAAAGUUCAAAGCCAUGCAGAUCUCUGCUCCGAUUGAUACAGAGUCAAGUGCUAUCGAUGCACAGGAGGCCAAGGCUAACAUAGAUGCCACGGCCCACGUGGAAAGCUCCAAGGCCCGGGUCGUCGAGCUUGAGAAACAGUUGGCGAAAUUUACGAAUAUGAUCCCCUUCGACCAGAUGACAGUUGAUGAUUAUACCGACACCUUCCCAGAGACCAAGUUGGACAUGGUCAAAUACCCUUAUUGGCCUCACAGGCCCAUUGCUGAUCUGUAAUUUAAUGACUUGACACCUCACAUUAAAAUUUAUUUUAAAUUGAACAAAUUGAGGAUAUUAAUAUGUGCGUCUGUGUAUAAUUUGUACACGGGACAUGUAGGUUCAAUGAAAUAAAGAUGGUGUGAUCUAGA